AUUCUCUUAACGCCGGUUUUCUCUUCUGCCUUGCCAAGAAUGGGCGUCCAUGGUCGGCCCUCCUCGCUCAGCGUUUUCUCCAGCUUCUCGCGGAAGUCAUUCACCCUGGCGGUCAUCCUGCUGCGCGCUCUGGUCGGCCGAACUAUGUGCAAGCGAAAAAGUUCUGUGCGAUCAAUGCGAUAAUGCUAAUUUUAGUGGAUUCGGCGUUAAUGAUUCACGGAUUGUAACGUACCUCGACUCAAAAAAAUUACCCAAGGGCCCAAGGUCGCAUUGCUGCUGCAAACAAAAGACGAGCGCCAAUAACAAUAGCCACGCCCCCUUCUUCAUUUAAUCCUAUUUUGUUCGCUAAAAUUCGUCGAGUCGGCCCGAAUUUCAGUGCGAAUCGUCAGUUGUCUCCGCAGUUUUUGGUGCCGUGGAUUUUUAGCCGAAAUGGGAGAAAUUCGUGCUGCCGGUUUUGUCAUCUUCAGACGACUGGCUAAUCAAAUUCAGUACCUCUUGAUGCAAGCCUCUUACGAACCGUUCCACUUCACUCCUCCAAAAGGCCACGUUGAGGAGGGUGAAGAUAAUUUGGAGACUGCGAAAAGAGAAACAAAAGAGGAGGCCGGAAUCGAUUUCAAAGACCUUAAAAUGCUUGAAUUCACCAAGAGCUUAAGAUACGAAGUCAAAGGGAAACCUAAAGUGUCCGUCUACUUUCUCGCCGAACUGGUGAACCCUGAAACCCCUGUGAUACUUUCCCACGAACACAAGGCGUACGAAUGGCUGCUCAUUGAUGACGCCUGCAAAAAAGCGAAUUUCCAAGAUAUGCAAGAACUGUUGAGAGAGUGCAACGCAUUCCUCACUAAAAACUAAUCGCCCUAAUAUUAUUGAAAUUUGAAAAAAAAAAUCCCAAGUAAUUUGUGGAAAAUGUUCCUUUGAGUAAUCUAUGCAAACAUCCGUUAAAUCAAUCUAGUGGAAGUACUGUUUGUAUGUUUGUAAAAUUUCUGUUACAUCCAGAAAAGACCAAUAAAUUUUUAAGCUCCCCUGCAAAUAAAGCUAAUUUUUG